GGGAUAAAGGGGCGCGGGGCGCAGGGAGGUGGCCCAGAAGCCGGUCCGUCUGUGCUCGGCACUCCGCUUCGCAGAUCCGGGAGGAUGAGGCUCGCCGUCCGCGCUCUGCUAGCCUGCGCGGUCCUGGGGCUGUGUCUGGCUGUCUCAGAGAAAACUGUGAGGUGGUGCACCGUUUCAAGUCAUGAGGCCAAUAAGUGCUCCAGUUUCCGUGAAAAUAUGAAUAAAGUCCUCACUGAUACUGGUCCUUUUGUCUCCUGUGUGAAGAAGACCUCCUACAUCGAUUGCAUCAAGGCCAUCAUGGAUAAUGAAGCAGAUGCUGUGACGUUGGAUGGUGGUUUGGUAUUUGAGGCAGGCCUGAAGCCCUACAACCUGAAGCCUGUAGUGGCAGAGUACUAUGGCCCGAAAGAUAAGCUGCAAACUCAGUAUUACGCUGUGGCCGUGGUGAAGAAGGACACUGAGUUCGGUCUGAAAGAGCUCAAAGGCAAGAAGUCCUGCCACACAGGCCUCGGCAGAUCUGCUGGGUGGAAUAUCCCCAUGGGCUUACUUUACUGGGACUUGCCUGAGCCACAUGAAUCUCUUCAGAGAGCAGCGGCCAGUUUCUUCGCGGGCAGCUGCGUCCCCUGUGUGGAUCAGUCGGCUUUCCCCAAACUGUGCCAACUGUGUGCGGGGAAGGGGACCGACAAGUGCGCCUGCUCCAACCAUGAACCGUACUUCGGCUACUCAGGGGCCUUCAAGUGUCUGAUGGAGGACGCUGGGGAAGUGGCCUUUGUCAAGCACACCACGGUAUCUGAGAACCUGCCUGACGAGGCUGAGAGGGACAAGUAUGAGCUGCUCUGCAGGGACAACACCCGGGAGCCUGUGGACAAGUACGAGAGGUGCCACCUGGCCCGGGUCCCUUCCCACGCUGUCGUGGCACGAAGCAUGGGCGGCAAGGAGGACUUGAUCUGGGAGCUUCUUAACCAGGCCCAGGAACAUUUUGGCAGAGAUACCUCUGAAAGCUUCCAGCUCUUCAGCUCCCCUCAUGGGAAGGACCUGCUGUUUAAGGACUCUGCCAAUGGGUUUUUAAAGAUUCCUCCUAAGAUGGACUCCUGGCUCUACCUGGGAUAUGAGUAUGUCACCGCUCUCCGGAAUCUAAGAGAAGAUACACGCCCGAUCGCCUCAAAGGAUGAAUGCAAGAAGGUGAAGUGGUGUGCAGUGCACCACCAGGAGAAGGCCAAGUGUGAUAUGUGGAGUGUGAGCAGUGAAGGGGAAAUAGAGUGUGAAUCGGCAGACAACACUGAAGAAUGCAUCGCCAAGAUAAUGAAAGGAGAAGCUGAUGCCAUGAGCUUGGAUGGAGGCUACAUCUACAUAGCAGGCAAAUGUGGUCUGGUACCUGUCCUGGCAGAGAACUACAUAAGUGAGGGCCAACAUUGUACAACCACACUAGAGGACGGGUACCUUGCUGUGGCUGUGGUUAAGAAAUCAGAUACUGAUCUCAACUGGAACAAUCUGAAAGGCAGGAAGUCCUGCCACACUGCAGUAGACAGAACCGCUGGUUGGAACAUCCCCAUGGGUCUGCUCUACAAUAAUAUUAACCACUGUGAAUUUGAUAAAUUUUUCAGUGAAGGCUGUGCUCCUGGGUCUCUGCGAGAUUCCAGUCUCUGUGCUCUGUGCAUUGGCUCAGAAGGUGUUCCGGGAAGGGAGUGUCUUCCCAACAACCAUGAGAGAUACUAUGGCUAUUCAGGGGCUUUCAGGUGUCUGGUUGAGAAGGGAGACGUAGCCUUUGUGAAGGCCCAGACUGUCACAGAGAACACUGGUGGAAACAACCCUGAAGAGUGGGCAAAAACACUGCAGGAGGAAGAUUUUGAGCUGCUGUGCACCGACGGAACCAGGAAGCCUGUGAAGGACGCUGAUGAUUGCCACCUGGCCCGAGCCCCAAAUCAUGCUGUGGUCUCACGGGAAGAUAAGGCAGCUUGUGUUCGCAGAAUAUUAAACAGACAGCAGGCUCAAUUUGGAAAAAAUGGAAAUAACUGCCCGAGCAGUUUUUGUUUGUUCGACUCAGAAAACAAGGACCUUCUGUUUAGGAGUGACACUAAAUGUUUGGCUGCACUUCCGAACGCAACAACGUAUGAAACCUACUUAGGAACUGAGUAUGUCACAGCUGUGGCUAACCUGAGACAAUGCUCAACCUCAAUUAUUAUUGAACCUAGGAACUACCACUCCCGUGAUGCUCCGCUUCGGACGCCUGCGCAGAGCCGAGGGCCACGUUGCUUUUGCGGUGCCGGUAGCAAGAUCUCAGCCAUGGCUUCCGCGGACUCCCGGCGGAUGGGGAACGGCGGCAGUGUCGGAGGCGCCUUCCAGCUCUACCUGGACUCCUUGCGGCAGGAACUGUGGCAGAGGGACCCGACGCUGCUGUCAGUCGUGGUGGCGCUCGUCGCGGUGCUGCUGAUGCUGGUGUUCUGGAAGUUCAUCCGGAGCAGAAGGAGCAGUCAAAGAGCUGUUCUUCUUGUUGGCCUUUGUGACUCCGGGAAAACAUUGCUUUUUGUCAGAUUGUUAACAGGCCUUUACAGAGACACUCAGACUUCCAUCACUGACAGCUCUGCUGCCUACAGAGUCAACAAUAACAGGGGCACUAGCCUGACCUUGAUUGACCUUCCUGGCCAUGAGAGCUUGAGACUUCAGUUCUUAGAGCGGUUUAAGGCUUCAGCCAGGGCUAUUGUGUUUGUUGUGGAUAGUGCAGCCUUCCAGCGAGAGGUGAAAGAUGUGGCAGAGUUUCUGUAUCAAGUCCUCCUUGACAGUAUUGGUCUGAAGAACACACCGUCAUUCUUAAUCGCUUGCAAUAAGCAAGACAUUACAAUGGCAAAAUCAGGAAAGUUAAUUCAGCAGCAGCUUGAAAAAGAAAUCAAUACCUUACGAGUCACCCGUUCUGCUGCCCCCAGCAUACUGGACAGUUCUAGCACUGCCACUGCUCAACUGGGAAAGAAAGGCAAAGAAUUUGAAUUCUCACAGUUGCCCCUCAAAGUGGAGUUCCUGGAGUGCAGUGCCAAGGGCGGAAGAGGGGACGCUGGCUCUGCUGACAUCCAGGACUUGGAGAAGUGGCUGGCUAAAAUCGCCUGAGGGCCAGAUGCAAACACAAGACGCGAAUGUGUAUGUGUGUGACUGACAGUUUUGGAAAAGGAUGUGGUGGUCUGGAGUUGAUAAAGAAGGGGUACAAAUAUAGUUAGGAACUUUUCCUUGUUCUGGAAACAAAUUAUUGUUGAAACCAGUGUGGAAGUUUUUAAGUUCAGUUCUCCCUUAUUGCUUUCAAGCUAGUUAGUUUUAUUUGAUUCGUGUCUUCCCUUUUCAAAGUGUAUGUAAGGUCCCUUUAGCAUAUGCUUGAUGUAAGGUCAAGGUCUAACAAGCCGACCUCACGUAGAGAGGAUAUUAUCAUGAGAAUAUAAUAUCAUCUAAAAUGUUUUCUUGUCCUCUGCUUCUGUGCUUUGGUCUCUUUUUCCUGGAAACAAACCUGUCUGUGUAUGGAACUGGGUGAUUUCCAAUUGCCUUUGACAUUCAUGGGCAGUACAUCAUCUAGUCCUCUGUGAACUUUCAGAUUUGUAGGUGCAAUUACAAUAUGGUCUCCGACAUGUGAAGGAAGGUUGAAAACAGCAGGGCUGUGUUGACAGUGGUCUGUUCUUCAUCAGCUCAGUGACUUGUCCACACUCCAGCCUCAUAGCACUUAGGUUUCAAAAACAUGUUGUGAACCCUAGGAGUCGUCCCCAGGUGAUAGAACUAUAAGUGCUAAAUCCCCAAAUGCUACUAAAAUGUACACUAGAAAUGUACGUUCUAGUGGUUUCCCUUAACUGGGGAAUACGUGGAGAUUUAGAAGCUGUUCUGUUUUUCUGGAUGCGUGAAUGCUCCUGGGCUAUCUUCAUGUGCUGUUUGAUGAGCUCCUAUCUUGUACUGUCAGCUUGAAUGCUGUGGAACAAAUACAAAAUGAAAAAAGUUCUCUGUAGAUUUUUAAAGUGCAUGUUCACUGAUGGUUUAAGAAAAAUGGCAUUUUCAAAGUGAUGUUCUUCGCUGUCUUCUUAAAUGUAUGGCUUUUUUAAUGGCUUUUAUAAAUGAUUAAUACAUUUCUUGGUAAACAAAACAGCCUGUCUAGCUUAAAGCAUUUAAAUAGAGUGGUAGAGUAGGUACAAAAGGGAGCACGUUUUAGGAUUCAGGCCCAACUCCAAGUUUCCAGGGCCUAAUGAUUGCAGUGUACAUAAGAAGAAACUCUUCAAUUCCUAGCUCACACACUCAGGGACAAGCCAACUAAAGCCUCAAAGGAGACAAGGGUGGCUGUGGAUAAGUGAGACACUAAUCGCAGAGCAGUGUGGGAAGUGCAGUUAACAGGAGAGGCGCAGGGUGCUCCAGGAGUGUGCAGUGGGGCGCCUAACCCAGUCUUGAGGGAUGGGGAGAGGCAAAGGAGAAAAGCAUGGAGCUGAUGACGUCCCAGUGAGUGUGGCCCCCACGUACAUACACUACGGCCCAGGCCUCUGCCUCCUGUCUCCCCUUCCUGUGUGUCACUCUGGCUCCGAGUGAGGGGACCCCAGGGCCCCUCCUCCCCCGCCCGCACACCCUGCAUCACACACCUUGCUGCUGGAGUAUGAAAUAAACCCAAGCUCGCGCGGAGAAGACGUUAAGAGAAUGACCGUGGCAGGGUUCUUAACUGGGAAGCCUCACUGCUGCUAAUGUUAUUACUGUCUUUUGGACUCUUUCUUGCCCUUUCCUUAUUAGCCAAGUAGUAAUUUAAGGAAGUGGGUAAGAUCAGUGAACCGGAAGCCCAAAAGGAAUCUGAUGAAUGUGACAUGUUCACAUAAUCAUAGGUAAUGCUCACCUGAAUAAACAUCAAUGGCUUGAUGCUUCCGUUAA